GGGUUUGCCCCCAAAUCACCCAGGGGCCUCCCCCCUAGACCGCCCAUUUUUUCGGGGGCUUACCCCCCCGGACUGCCCGUUAUUUCGGGGGCUUACCCCCCCGGACCGCCUGUUAUUUCGGGGGCUUACCCCCCCGGACCGCCUGUUAUUUCAGGGGCUUACCCCCCCGGACUGCCCGUUAUUUUGGGGGGCUCCCCCCCCAAGGCCCCUGCUGUAACAGGGGGUAACAAUAGGGGGUUUGCCCCUAAAUUACCUAGGGGCCUCCCCCCCGGACCGCCUAUUUUUUCAGGGGCUUACCCCCCCAGACUGCCUGUUAUUUCAGGGGGCUCCCCCCCCAAGGCCCCUGCUGUAACGGGGGGUAAGCAAUAG